UGUAAGCCGUCUGRAUACAAGGURAUCGAUAACCCAAUGCGUAACGUAAUCAACACAUUAGACCCUACCAAUCCCUUGUGCGAYAAUCGUCUGUCCAGAUCCUGGUAUAAACUAGAGUUAGAAGGACUUCCUGCUGAGCUGCCUACAGAAUGCCCACCUGUAAACACGUGUGGAACACAGUUUCAAAUCUGGAUGAAGCCUGCAUCAAAGCCAGAGUUCGGUCAAGAUAARUCAGGGACAGUGUGCGUGGCAUGGAAGACAUCUGGAAACAACCGCAUCUGCUGCUUGUGGGAGAUGCCUGUCAAUGUCACUCACUGYGGAGAAUUCCUGGUUUAUCAUUUGAAAGAAACAGAKGAAUGUCAYGUCAGCUAUUGCGCAACAGGAGUUCGUAUUCCUUGUGGGCCGUUCAAGAUAGGAUAUGCUCCCAACUGCAAAGUACGCGGAGCAUAUCCAACCCUCGCUACACUACCAUCUAUCACACCAGUCAUUCCCUCAGACAAACUCAAAGCCAGCUCGUCUGUCAAUUUGAAGUGUACCUUUGAAGUGGAAGACACAGGGCAAUAUCCUAUUCAGUUCAUUGUCACGUGGUUCAAGGUGAUGCAUUUUAUUGGUGGAAACUCCGGACGAUUAGUCUUACUACGACAGAAGACAACUGAGAGUCACGUGGUUAUCGAUUAUGAUAAUGCAGACUUUAACAUGGGCGAUACGGUGUCUUGUGAAGUCAGCGCAUUUUACACGGAAACCCCUCGGUUCAUCAGUCCAGGUAAAUCAAGUGAAGAAUUCUACAUCGGAAUCAAGGUAGAGCCUAAUUAUCUUAUAAUCCAAGAAGAUCAAAAGGAAUGGGAAUUAACUUUUACUACGACUGUUCCUGUUGUGUGUCCUGAUGACUAUUCGAACUGUUCUCUACGAAUACCUCUAUACACACUUCCUGUUGAUGUGACAUCAGAUGAUCCAUUGGGAAACAUGAAUGAUAUCGUUCUUUCCUCGUGUGAGGUGGUCUUCCCUUCCAUUCCAUGUCAGRAUGGACACUGUGGAAGACACGUUGUUCAAGUUAAAGCUAUAUCUGACUUCAURAGAGACGGUGAUCGUAGCUUUCGAAUCAUUACAGCUCCGGUUGAAGGAAAAGUUYCUGUGUGGCAGCUACAUGACCCGCCUGAUGUGUUCGUCCUGAGUCAAGAUCUUCCAACUUCAAGAUGYCAGAUGUUUUCCAAUUCGUACUUAAAAACACUUAAUGGCAAGUUUUACCAUCUUUCUGAUUCUGGACCGUUUGUUCUCUACAAAAGUCUUGACCGCAAAUUUGAGGUUCAUGUCCAAAUGUGGCUUUGCAACACGUCACAAGAAAAGCCAUUAUUCUGUACUUGUGGAGUUGCAAUACGUGAAUUGAAUGACGUGGUUGUCAUGGAUAUGUGUGAUGGCGAGUUCAUGGAAAGCACUUUGCAUAUGCAUGUACGUUCUUUUCUACCGUUAAGAGAAGGAAUUGAAAUUACAGAAGCCAACCAUGGAAAACGCUUUACUAUUUACUUUCCAUCGGGUUCCAAUGUACGUGUUGAUGUUUUCGAGUGGGGCAUCAACAUUUAUGUGCAAUCACCUGGACAAGACUAUAGACGAACUGCAGGACUAUGUGCAGUGAUCACUCCAGAUAUCAGCAGAAACAAAAGAAAGCAAUUUCCUWAUGAGUUACCAAGAAAUGAAACUGCUGCUUGGAGAAUUGAGUAUAAGGAGAGUUUAUUUGAAUAUGUCCCCGAAUCAAUGGACAUACCAAAAGUUGGUUCUCCUUCGACAUCGUGUUAUUGUAGUAUAAGCAAAGUCAUGGAGGGAAAGAGUAGCUGUGAUSAAAACACUAUGAACUGUAUUUCAACCUGCCAGGAAAAAAGCCAUAUCAAACGACCUAGUCUGACUUUUGAAUGGCCAAUAAMAACGAGGAUUCUAAGUCAACAGGCACUCCAGAGGUCACAAUUGCGCAUGCCUAUACAAAUCUAUGAUCUAGCAUACUUCUCACAUAGCAGAACGACUCACCACAGAAUGGAAAGAAAGUAUUCCCAAGACAUUUCAUUCAUAGAUUAUCUUUCAAUCACAAGUUUUUGUAAGAGGAACAUAGAACUAACAGUCUUAUUCAAUGUUUGUGGGAAAAUCAUAGGAAAGCCUGUCAUGGAGAUGCUCUUGACUAUUUGUUUUCAAGAUAUAAAGAAUACAGGGGUUUCCUCUUUUGGUCAAACCUCUCUCAACGUCAUGGAAAACAUCUGCGAAGAAGCAGUUAUCAAAAAUGCCAGUCAGUGGCAAAUGAAUAACUWUGGGAUGCCUUCCCCUCCAUCCCGUAUUCUUGAAGCCUUUUGUCCUAAUCAAUGCAGUGGCCAUGGUAGAUGUCAAAAGGGAACAUGUGUGUGUGAACAAGGGUCCGCUGCAGAAGACUGUUCCAUAYCUCUCAAGAAACCCCCAGAAGUAUUUAACGAUCAUCACAAAAGGAGUUGCGAUUCUAGGCAUUUUUUCUGCUCCAGAUUUCUGGUUUCCGGGAAAGGAUUCUAUAAUGAAGGGAAACUCGAAUGUUCCUUUCGCGCUAUGACAUUUAGAAACACCAGAAGAGCUGGAUUUCAMAAGGAGACAUUUCUCUCAAAGGCCUCCUUCCAAAGUUACCGUGGAGUGUUUUGUUCCAUUCCUAGUAUUCUUAGAAGUAUGGAGGACAAAUACCAAGCCCUGAGGGGCUACCAAGUGCGAGUAUCAAAUGACGGUCGCUUGUGGAGUAAACCUACCAGUUUUAUUGUUUACGAUGGGGCCUGCAUUGAAUGUAAAGCUGAAAACCGAAUAUGCUUCAUUAAGAAUACGACUUGCCUUAUCAAYAAGAUAUGUUAUAAAAAGGGUGAUGCGCUGUCUUUUUCUCCUUGUCAUCAAUGUCAACCAGAACAAAGUCAUCAUGCAUGGACAGUGAUACCAAACUGCAAUGAAGGGAACUGCUCGCAAGGUUCUUGCAUUCACGGCACUUGUGUUAAUUACUUCAACAAUAMUUACGCGUGUUUGUGCGAUAAGGGAUACAGUGGAAAGAAUUGUGAUGAGAAACGUAGGUGCACAGAGUGUCAUCAUGGURUUUGUAUGAAGACGAAAAAUAGUUCGUACACUUGUAAUUGCAUGCCUGGAUACACAGGAAACGAGUGCAGCUCACAAGUGACACCUUGUUUUAAAAACCCUUGUAGAAAUGGCACUUGUAUAGAAACAUCCAAUGGGACAGACUUCCAAUGUUCAUGUAAUCCUGGAUAUACUGGUAUUGCUUUUAAUGGUGUAUGCAUACACAAUACUAGCUUUGGAGUACGUUGUUUGUGUCAGGAAGGUUACACUGGAGCAAAUUGUGACAGAAAAGUUUUUAUUUGCACUUCGAAUCCCUGCAUUCAUGGAACUUGUCGCGAAAACAGUGAUCGUUCUGGCUUCGUUUGCCAAUGUGAAAAAGGAUUCAAAGGACCUCUUUGCAACCAGCCAUUAAGCGCAUGCCUAUCCAGUCCGUGUAGGCAUGGAGCUUGUGUAAAUGUUGGGGASCAUUUCAAGUGUUUCUGUGAUGAAGGUUACUCUGGUGUCUACUGUGAAGAGGCACAGAAACGUUGUUCCAACAAUCCAUGURUACGUGGCAAAUGCACAGAAAAUAAUAAUAGUUUCAAAUGCGUUUGCCCUGAGGGUUACACAGGACAUCUCUGCCAAGAACGCAUUUAUUUAUGUUCGCCAAAUCCCUGUAUGCAUGGAAAAUGUAUUGUCAUAGAAGACUCAUUUAAAUGUAACUGUGAUUCCAGUUUUACUGGACACCUAUGUGAAAGUGAGAUUGCCAUAAAAGACAAAGAUWUUCACACUAAAGGCCUUACUUCUACGAAUUCUACGAGUAUUCAAAAUACAGAACCCAAAAAUACGACGGACAAGGUAGGGAAAUGCACAGCGAUGAAAAAAGGAUUUAGAUGUGAGUGUUCAGGAAAGCUCUGCAAGUCCGAAAUAGACAAAUGUCGUUCAAUGUGCGCAAAUGGAACAUGUGUCAAAAAUAAAAAUGGCGUAACUUGUAAUUGUUUAAYUGGUUUUAAAGGAACCAAAUGUGAUAUAAAAGAUUCUAAUCCUUGUGAACUCACCRCAUGUAACCAUGGAAUUUGUCAAAAGAAUAAUGAGACAUUUACUUGUGUAUGUGAAGCUGGUUAUAAAGGUUCAACUUGCAAUGAAUCUAUCKAUUACUGUAGUCCAAGUCCAUGUAUCUAUGGCACUUGCAACACUCUCCCCGAUGGUUAUUACUGUAGAUGCCAUACUGGAUACAUAGGAGUUAAYUGUUCAACCAAGAUACACGAUGAUCUUUGUGCAUCUAAUUCAUGUGUUAACGGGUCGUGUCGAGCAAUUAAUGAUACAUAUGAAUGUCAAUGUUUUAAAGGAUUUAUAGGAAAAACAUGUAACRAAACUGUUUCUGAAUGUGCGUAUAAUCCGUGUGUUAAUGGAAACUGUACGUCAACUAAGAAUAGCUUCAAGUGUUUAUGCAAGAAAGGCUUUACUGGAAGCACCUGUAACACGACGAUUAACUACUGUCACUCWAAUCCAUGCAAUCAAGGAAACUGUACCAACAUACCAAGUGGGUUUCWGUGCAACUGUUUCCCAGGUUAUGAMGGCUUAUACUGCAACAAGACCAUCAAUUACUGUGAAGCAAAUCCUUGUGCCAAUGGAAAUUGUACUUCGACUAAGAGUGGUUUCAGGUGCUUGUGCGAGGAAGGCUUUACUGGAAGCACCUGCAACAUCACGAUUGAUUACUGUCACUCAAAUCCAUGUAUCCAUGGAAACUGUACCAACAUACCAAGUGGUUACUUAUGCCACUGUCUACCAGGAUAUGAAGGUCUAAAUUGUAGCAAAACCAUCAAUCAAUGUAAGUCUAAUCCUUGUGUUAAUGGAAAUUGCAUGAAUAUGAUAACGUCYUUUUCUUGUCUAUGUGCAUUUGGGYAUAARGGGUUGCUAUGCAAUAUACCUAUYGAUUUUUGUAAGUUUAAACCUUGCGCUAAUGGUUUGUGUAUCAACACUGGAUACGGAUUCAAGUGCACUUGUAAGAAAGGGUUUAUUGGGAUCCGAUGCCAUAAAAAGGAGUAUUGUGUCCCCAGCCCUUGUGUUAACGGUCACUGUUCGCGACUAUGGAAUGGUUACGAUUGUAAAUGUUUUAAAGGCUACAAAGGUAAAAAUUGCACUUUGUUUGCAGAUCCAUGUGAAAGUAACCCCUGUCACCAUGGAAGGUGUGUAAAUUUAAAUCAUACCUUUGAGUGCCGAUGUUUUUCUGGCUUCUAUGGAACAAUUUGCGACAAAAGUUYAACUUUCUGUCAGUCGAAUCCCUGUCACCAUGGAAAAUGUUCUGAAAAUUCAACAUCGUUUUCUUGYGUGUGCCAACAGGGAUAUACUGGAGAUGCCUGUGAUUCCCCGAUAGAUCCAUGUCUUACAAAUCCCUGUAAGAAUGGAGCAUGCAUAGCAAACUAUAGYAAUAUUCCAAGAAGCAAUAUUCCAAGUAACAGGUCACCAUAUUAUUGCAAUUGCAAAACUGGAUACACAGGGCCAUUAUGUGAAACUCAAAUGGAUGUUUGUAAGGGCAAUCUGUGUAUUCAUGGAAAAUGUGUAGCAAAAGUUGCGAACUAUACAUGCUUAUGCAAUAAGGGAUACUCUGGUAAAUUCUGUGAAAAGAAAUUGGAUCUUUGUCUUACGACGCYGUGCAUCCACGGAAAAUGCAUUAAUAUGAUCGACAGCUAUCUUUGUAACUGUAACAGAGGGUACACUGGAAAAACUUGUGAGUCUUUGAUUGACAUGUGUCAGUCRAAUCCCUGCAAGAAUGGACAUUGUAUAGGACUUGUAGGGUCAUUUAUAUGCAACUGCACCGAAGGAUACACUGGAAGAACAUGUGAGACUUUGAUUGACAUGUGUCAAACGAAUCCCUGCAAGAAUGGACAUUGUAUUGGACACGUGGGGUCAUUUACAUGCAACUGCACCAAAGGGUACACUGGAAGAGCAUGUGAGACUUUGAUUGACAUGUGUCAGUCAAAUCCCUGCAAGAAUGGACAUUGUAUUGGACACGUGGGGUCAUUUACCUGCAACUGCACCAAAGGGUACACUGGAAGAGCAUGUGAGACUUUGAUUGACAUGUGUCAGUCAAAUCCCUGCAAAAAUGGACAUUGUAUAGGACACGUGGGGUCAUUUACAUGCAACUGCACCGAAGGAUACACUGGAAGAAUAUGUGAGACUUUGAUUGACAUGUGUCAGUCGAAUCUCUGCAAGAAUGGACAUUGUGUUGGACACGUGGGGUCAUUUACAUGCAACUGCACCAAAGGGUACACUGGAAGAACAUGUGAGACUUUGAUUGACAUGUGUCAGUCGAAUCCCUGCAAGAAUGGACAUUGUAUAGGACUUGUAGGGUCAUUUACAUGCAACUGCAAUCAUCUUUACACUGGCUCGCUUUGUGAAAAAAUAAUUGACCCCUGUCAAUCUCAACCUUGCCAGUAUGGUUCAUGCUCUUCACAGAAUAAUACUUUUACUUGUGUAUGUCGUCCAGGAAUAACUGGAAAAUUCUGCGAAAAAGAUAUAGACGAGUGUUUACGCAGUCCUUGUUUUGAAAAUCUGACGUGUAUCAAUACUCUUGGAAACUUCAAAUGUGGUUCAUGUCCAUCUAUGUAUUCUGGAAAUGGUAUAAACUGUGUAAGGAUAAACGCGGAGAAAAACGUUAACAGCUCGAGGUGUAAAAUGCUUUCGUGCUUUCCAGGUGUUCGGUGYGUGGUUUCUGAUGGGAAGCACAUUUGUGGAAACUGUCCUCAAGGAAUGACGGGAAAUGGCUUCCAGUGUACAAAACUAGACAUGUGUGAGCCAAACCCYUGCUUUCCAUCAGUCAGAUGCUACAACAAAGCUACAUCUCCAGGAUUUAAAUGUGGACCUUGUCCUAUUGGAUUUCGAGGCAACGGACUCAAAUGUUUAAGUAUGUGCCCAUUUAAUUGCCCCAGUGGUAUGGUGUGUAUCGCUCCAUACACGUGUAGGUGUCCUUUAGGAUACUAUGGUAUGGGUUGCAAGAAACCCUUCUGUAGCAAUGGCUGUUUUUAUGGAGGAACUUGUAUAAAACCAGAUAUUUGUCGAUGUCGGAAAGGUUUCGGUGGGACAUCGUGCUUGGACUACAUAUGCAAUCCUUCUUGUCGUAAUGGAGGAAGAUGUAUUGCCCCAAACAGGUGUCAAUGCAGACAUGGUUUUAGUGGCAGAUUUUGUCAACGCAUGAACUGUAUAGUCAASUGUUUAAACGGUGGGACUUGUAUUGGGCCUCGGAUAUGCUCUUGUUUGCCAGGAUUCGCUGGACUGAGAUGUCAAAUAAAUAUAGCUCCUUGUUCCCCUGCAUGCUUGAAUGGCGGUACGUGCUUAACUAAUAACAAGUGCAGAUGCCCAAGAUGGUACAUUGGUGCUCGAUGUCAAGUACCCGYCUGUCAAAGGUCGUGUCUCAAUGGUGGCAAGUGCAUCAUGCCAAAUGUCUGCCUUUGCAACACUAAAUGGCUGGGAAAUAGAUGUGAAAAACCAGUUUGUUUAUUCCCCUGUUUAAAUAACGGCCGGUGUGUAAGCCCUAACAAAUGUACAUGUCCGUCUGGAUAUUAUGGGAAAAUGUGCGAAAAGGCUUUAUGURAAGAAAACUGUUUCAACGGUGGUCGAUGUCUUCGCCCAGGAGUCUGCGCGUGUACAUUUGGCUUUAUUGGACCGCGCUGUCUGACAAAAUACCCCCUGGCUAUAAAGAACAUGUUGGAGUAAAUAACGCAAUAUUGGUAUUAAAAAAAAAUACCUGUAAUUCCAACCAAUAUUAUAUGUAUCGUAUUACAUAUAUGUGUAUCAUACGGCACAGAUACUAAACGGAUAUGUCUUGSCCAGGAAUUACUAGCUCCUUCUGUCAUGCAUGAAUAUGACAUUUCUUAUUCUUAUCUUAAGCAUUUCAAAUCGACUCGCGCUAUUCGGUAACAGACGUCUUUUAAAAACAUGCGUAUUUGUUUAUUUCUCCGUGAURUUUAUCUAAGAAAUGAAAAAGGAAUCGUUUUUUUAAUAGUGACCAAGUCGACCCAGUCACUAUAUGGGAUMAAGGAAAGGGGCUGUUGACAACCCAUUCACACCUUACCCCAGCCUCCAACAUGUAUCCAUGAAUUACGCAAAAAAAUUGUACAAGAAAGGAAAGAAAGGAAAAGAAAGAAAAAAGAAAAACCCGCAAGUACUCUUUUAUUAACGGUUCACCAAAACGUGGAAACUUGCUU